ACUUUGACAGAAAAAUCUCUCAAAUGUUUGUUGAUGUCAAAAUUUAGUAGAAAAUAUUAUUCAAACCAUUCGACUUCACCUAUUUAAUUUGAUUAUAUUAUCACAACAGCACACGGUAAUCUGAAAUAAAUCAAAGAAGGGCACAAUACAGUUCAAUGUGACAUUCUUAAGAUCUGAUUCAUUUAAUGGGGCUGUUUAUGCAUUUCCAUCUAAGUACUUCAAGAUCGUAGCAUAUUGUCUGGAUCAAAACAAUGAUAAUUGAGAUGUAUAUCAAUUGCUUUAAGUGCUAAAUAAGUAGAAAACUAUUUCUUUUAAAUACAUUCUUUAACGACUACACGUCGUAUAGCCAAGGCCCAAGGGAAUUGCAAAUUUCCACAAAGUUUCAUCCAAAAAUAACAUUUGUUGCAAACAAACCAUACAAGUUCCGUGUAUCGCCAUAGAAAAACCUAUUAAAGAAUUCAAAUAUGGAUUGUUUGGAUUUAAGUAAAGUAAAAUGUCGCAUUUGCAUCACUGGCGAUGAGCUCAGCGGCAGAUUGUCCAAUUUAUUUACAAAAACCAUUAACGAAAGUGCAUCAGAGGCAACUAAAUUAAUUGAUGACGACUACGUAUUGGGUAUGUCGUUUAGCGAAGCUUUGAUGUCAUUUACUUGCAUACAGUUACAACAGAAUUAUGGCUUGCCCGAAACAAUUUGCCGGAAAUGUGAAUUCCAAUUGAUCGAUGCGCUUAGCUUCAUUCACCGUACCAAAGAUACUCAACAGAUUUUGAAUUCGUGUGCUCGUAUCAGUGAAAAUACCAAAGUGGAAACCGAGGAACUUGAUUUGAGUGAAGACUCAACAUAUUUGAUUGAAGUGUUAAAUGAUGAAGAAGAAGCUCUGGUGCAAGAGGAAUAUAGUGAAAACGUAUCUGAAUCGAAGAAUGACAAAGAGAGUUACUGUGACACUGAAGAUGCGGUUUCUUUUUUGAAAAAUGUUAAACGAGACGAUGUGGUUUCUGAUAAAACCAAAACGUUCAAAAUGGUUAGGAAGAACCAUUCGUGCAACUACUGCAAGAAGAGAUUUUUGAGAAAAUCAAAUUUAGUCGACCAUUUGAGACUUCAUGCUAAUGUUCGUCCAUUUGAAUGUACUUAUUGCAAGAAGUCGUUUGUGCAGUCUGGCAACCUAAAAUCGCAUCUGCGUACUCACACAAAAGAGCGUCCGUUUCAAUGCUUGUUAUGUCCUAAGAGUUACAGCCAAUCCAGUGCAUUAAAGGUGCACUACCGCACCCAUACGAAUGAGCGAAACUAUGGAUGUGAUGUCUGUUCGAAGAAUUUUACAAAUGCCAGUGACUUAACGAAACAUAAACGAAUUCAUGAUCCGGACUCCAAAAUUGCCUGUGAAUAUUGCGACAAAAAAUUUGCGCAGAGAGUUAACUACCGGAAUCACUUACGCAGUAAUCAUGCGAUACACAACGUACCAGCUAAGACGUCGAAGACAACAUCGCCUACAAGAUCUUCUAUCAAAAGCGAACCACUUCUUGCUGUCAAAAAGUAAUUACUUAUUGUUAUGCCAUAAAGAUGUAAAUUAGUGAGAAAGCCGAGAUGUUUUUGGCUUUGAACUCAUUUCCAUUAAAAUAAAUUUUGGAUUAAAUAUUAAAAAAAAAA